CCUAAGCAGGAGAGAGAAAGUCAUUACUUGAGAAGCUAACGUGGUGUUUGGGUUAGGUUGGAGGGUAACUUUGGAGAUAGGAAGACCUGUAUCCCUGAAGGUCUCAGGGAGUCUAUGUCACAAAAACUGACAAUCAACUUUCUGCUCCAGAAACAGUGACCCAGAGGCAGGUGGACAGCGAAUUCAGGGACUGACAAGAACCGAGCUUGAGACCUAGACUGAAGUUGAUUCUAGACUGAUCUCAGCAUUGAGGACCCAGGCACAGGACAUGGGACCCCAGCAUCUGAGCCCUGUGCAGCUGCUCUGUCUCCUAGGGGCCAUCUCCACUCUGCCUCGGGCUCGAGCUCUUCUGUGCUAUGAAGCAACAGCCUCACUCUUCAGAGCUGUUAGUCUCCAUAACUGGAGGUGGCUUCUGAUGAGGAGUGCGGUGUGUAGGCUGAGCGAGGGCUGUGAGGAGACAUUGGUGUUCAUCGAGACAGGGACCAGAAAGGGAGUUGUGGGUUUUAAAGGCUGCAGCCCAGCCUCAUCUUACCCCGCGCAAGUCUCCUAUCUUGUUUCACCGCCCGGAUUGUCCAUUGCCUCCUACAGCCGCAUCUGCCGGAAGUAUCUCUGCAAUAACCUCACCAACAUGGAUUCUUUUGUGAAACUUGAGGCCAAUACCCCCAAGACUUCAGCAUUUUCUUCCCAUGGCUGCCCAACUUGUGUGGGCGAGCACUCUAAGAGUUGCCUCCCAAAUUUUGUCAACACUGAGCCUUGCCCCAGGGAUGCCACCAAGUGUUACAGUUCCACCUUAAAAUUUCAGGCAGGUUCCCUCAAUACCACCUUCCUCCUCAUGGGCUGUACUCGUGAACAUACCAGAGCUUUAGCAGAUUUUCACCAUAUUGGGAGCAUCAGAGUGACUGAGGUCAUCAACGUCUUAGAAAGGGUCCAGCCUGCUGGCGCGGAGCCCUCUAGUCGGAGUCCUGCUUGGGGCAUCCUCUUAGGGCUCCUGCUUGCCUUCAGGGACUGACGAUCCAACUGGACCAGACAAGCACCCAUACCCCUUUCAUGUAGCCAAAUAAAGUUAUAAUAGAGUUGCCUUUCUGCUUUGUCCUGUGGUCCAUGAGGGUUAUGGAGGUGUGACACAUCUGAGGAGGGUGAGACAUGUCCAGGGAGGUGGGGGCAGGGGGUGGGGUGGGAGAAGGGCAAUGGGCAGUGCUUGUGGUGAAGGGGGCAGGGAGCUGGGGAUGAGGAUCACUGGCCAAGUGACAGUGUCAUGCCCAGCAUCCAAGAAGAACCCAAACAUUCCCCUUCUCCUCCUCCUGCUGGAGACCUGAGCUCUAGCCUGGGUUACGCUACUGACUUAGAGAUCCUGGCCAAAUCUCUCCCGUUUUCUGGGCCUCCAUUUCCUCCCCUUUAAGAUGAAGGCCUUGGGGAUUGGUGGGGAGGGUAUAGCUCAAGUGGUAGAAUACAAGCUUAGCAUGCAUGAGGUCCUGGGUUCUAUCCCCAGUACCUCCAUUAAAAAUGAAUAAAUAAACCUAAUCACGUCCCCCCAAAAGCAAAAUUUAAAAAACAAUAAAAAACAUUAAAAAACUCAAGAGAAAAAUAUCCGAAUGGGGUGAUAUCAGCCUAAGGGAGUUCCUUCGGAGGUGGAAAGGGGGAAACUUAAUUCUUUAGACCUGGAAUCACAUGGGGACAAGUAACAACUACAAUACAGCAGUAAUGAAACUCACAAAUACUGAGCCUGACUGU